GCCCCGCUUUUUAAUAUCUCACUCAUGAUCUAAGUUUUAUGUUGGCUGACACCGCAACGCUCUCUCAAGAACAAACAACGAACUGAAAGGCAAACUCAGUCGACGCCACUCUCAAUACACUCAAUCUUCUUCUUAUUCCCUACCUCUCUGCGAUCUGCUCACACUCAAAUCCAUGGCCACGUCCCAAUUCACCGUUGCUUUGAAUCGAGCAGACUCGUUUUCGCACUCCAAUUCCUUUCCUCCUCCUCUUAUCGGUCUCAGUAGCAGGUAUCGCCAAUCGAAGUUAUUGCUGGUUCCGACCUCCACCUGGCGAUCGCCUAAGCGGACAUUUCUGGUGAAGAAUGUGUCUAGUGAGCCGAAGUUGAAGGAUCCGGUUGCUGAUGAAGAAUCUCCAAUCGCUGCAAGUGCUUUUGCGCCGGACGCCUCAUCUAUUGCCUCAAGCAUUAAGUACCAUGCAGAGUUUACUCCUUUAUUUUCUCCCGAUCGGUUUGAUCUUCCCAAGGCCUUCUUUGCUACUGCGCAAAGCGUUCGAGAUGCUCUUAUCAUAAAUUGGAAUGAGACAUAUGAACUUUACGAAAGGUUGAAUGUCAAGCAGGCAUAUUAUUUAUCGAUGGAGUUUCUUCAGGGUAGGGCACUGUUGAAUGCAAUUGGCAAUUUGGAGCUCACUGGUUCUUAUGCAGAGGCAUUGAACAAGCUUGGAUAUGAAUUAGAAAAUGUUGCUUGUCAGGAACCAGAUGCUGCUCUUGGAAAUGGGGGCCUUGGGCGGCUUGCCUCCUGUUUUUUGGAUUCCUUAGCAACGCUAAAUUACCCGGCAUGGGGUUACGGACUAAGGUACAAGUAUGGCUUAUUCAAACAGAAAAUCACUAAAGAUGGUCAGGAGGAGGUUGCUGAAAAUUGGCUCGAGAUCGGCAACCCUUGGGAAAUUUUCAGAAAUGAUAUUAAAUAUCAUAUCAAGUUCUAUGGAAAGGUUGUCAUUGGAUCAGACGGGAAAAAGAACUGGACUGGUGGGGAGGAUAUAGAGGCUGUAGCGUAUGAUGUUCCAAUUCCAGGAUAUAAAACAAAAAAUACAAUCAACCUGCGACUUUGGUCCACUAAAGCUCCAACUGAAGAUUUUGAUUUAUCCGCUUUCAAUGCUGGAGAGCAUACCAGAGCAUCAGAGGCUCUUGCAAAUGCUGAGAAGAUAUGCCAUGUACUCUACCCUGGGGAUGAUUCAAUUGAAGGAAAGAUUCUUCGUCUGAAGCAACAGUAUACUUUAUGUUCAGCAUCUCUACAGGAUAUAGUUGCAUGCUUUGAGAGAAGAUCUGGUACAAACAAAAAAUGGGAAGAAUUUCCUGAGAAAGUUGCUGUGCAGAUGAAUGACACUCACCCAACUCUAUGCAUUCCAGAGCUCAUGAGAAUCUUAUUGGAUUUGAAGGGUUUAAGCUGGGAGGAAGCCUGGAAUAUUACUCAAAGGACUAUGGCUUACACAAAUCAUACUGUUCUACCUGAGGCAUUGGAGAAAUGGAGUUUUGAACUUAUGCAGAAAUUGCUUCCUCGACAUGUUGAGAUCAUAGAACUGAUUGAUGAAGAGCUUAUUCGAACUAUUAUUUCAGAAUAUGGUAAGGCAGAUCUUAAGCUGUUACGUGAAAAGCUCAAGGAGUUAAGAAUUUUAGAAAAUGUUGACUUGCCAGCUGCCUAUUCCGAUUUAUUUAUUGAACCUGAAGAAAGUUCUACCAUUGUAUCAACUGAAGUACUUAAAAGCUCUGAAGAAGCUGAUUCUGUUGAUAAAGAAAACUUAUCAAAGCUAGCCAAGUCUGUUGAUAAAGUUGAAUUUGUUGAGGCAAACGAUGAUCCGGAAAGCAAAGACAUUCAGGAUAAGAAUGUGGAACCUAUACCACCACCACCACCAAAGAUGGUUCGAAUGGCUAAUCUAUGUGUUGUUGGUGGUCAUGCAGUUAAUGGGGUAGCAGAGAUACAUAGUGAAAUAGUAAAGGAUGAAGUGUUUAAUGCAUUUUAUGAGUUAUGGCCUGAAAAGUUUCAAAACAAAACCAAUGGUGUGACACCCAGGAGAUGGAUUCGUUUCUGCAAUCCUGAUUUAAGCAAACUUAUAACAAACUGGAUUGGCUCAGAGGAUUGGGUCCUUAACACUGAAAAGUUGGGUGAAUUGAAAGAGUUCGCAGAUAAUGAGGAUCUUCAAAAUCAGUGGAGGAUAGCGAAAAGGAACAAUAAGUUGAAAGCUGUGUCAUUUCUGAAAGAAAAAACUGGGUAUACUGUCAGCCCAGAUGCGAUGUUUGAUAUCCAGGUGAAGCGCAUUCAUGAAUACAAGAGACAGCUAUUGAAUAUAUUCGGAAUUGUUUACCGCUACAAGAAAAUGAAAGAAAUGAGUGCAAAAGAAAGGAAAGAAACAUAUGUUCCACGAGUUUGUAUCUUUGGAGGGAAAGCAUUUGCCACUUAUGUGCAAGCCAAGAGGAUCGUGAAGUUUAUUACAGAUGUGGGGGCUACAGUAAACCAUGAUCCUGAAAUUGGUGACUUGUUGAAGGUAAUUUUUGUUCCUGAUUACAAUGUCAGUGUUGCUGAAUUACUUAUCCCUGCAAGCGAGUUGUCACAGCAUAUCAGUACCGCUGGAAUGGAAGCCAGUGGAACAAGUAAUAUGAAGUUUGCAAUGAAUGGGUGCAUCCUGAUUGGGACUUUGGAUGGAGCGAAUGUUGAAAUAAGGCAAGAAGUUGGAGCUGACAACUUUUUCCUGUUCGGUGCUGAAGCCCACGAGAUUGCUGGGCUUAGGAAAGAAAGAGCCGUGGGAAAGUUUAUUCCGGACCCACGCUUUGAAGAAGUGAAAGAAUAUGUUCGAAGUGGUGUCUUUGGGUCUUAUGAUUAUGAAGAUCUGAUAGGAUCAUUGGAGGGAAAUGAAGGUUUUGGUCGUGCAGAUUAUUUCCUUGUGGGAAAGGACUUCCCCAGUUACAUCGAAUGUCAAGAGCAGGUCGACGAGGCUUACCGGGAUCAAAAGAGAUGGACAAGAAUGUCGAUAUUGAACACAGCUGGAUCAUACAAGUUCAGUAGUGACCGAACCAUUCAUGAAUAUGCGAAAGAUAUAUGGAGCAUUAAGCCUGUUGAGUUACCAUAAAUGUGUGUAUUCUCAAAAUUCGAAGUUUACGUUUUGAAGAAGAAGCCAGUAGUCUGGGACUACAAGUAUGGUAGAGAAUGUUUAAGUCGUGAGGAAUAAUAAUAUGUAGUCAUUGUCAGAAUGUAUUGCAAUUUACUCUUUAUCCAUUUCAGAUACAUUCAAGUGAAGUUUCUAUAAUCAAUCAGGAUUUUCUCAGUUUAUCGAGAAAGGUCAUGAGAUAAUGGCCGUUUCAUAGAA